GUUUUUCGUGCCAUUUUCGCGAUACAUCAUCACUCGCUCGAUCGCAGUAGCAGGAAAACCUCUUGCGUUUGGAUUCGUUUUUUUUAAGUGCUAAUUUUACCAAAACCUCCGGAUUAUAAAUCGUAUAGCAAUUCUGCUUUCGCGUUCCCCCGCCGAUUCUUGAAUCUAAUUCCCCAGUAUUUCCAUCAAACGAAUAAACGAUGGAUGCGGAAAAAUCGAGCAGCAGUUCCUUUGAGGAUCUGUCCAACAUCAACGAGCAGGAACGGGCCGAGAUGAACUCAUCGACAGAGCAGAAAGAGGCAGCUUCUACAUCGGACAAUCAAUCCCCAGAAUUGAUGGAUAUCCUUGGCAAUGGAUCCCUACUGAAAAAAGUCAUCAGAGAAGGAACCGGAGAACGACCGGAAGGCCGCGACAUUGCCAUCAUAAACUACACCGGUCGGCUCGAGGAUGGCACCAUUGUGGAAGAAGAGCGGAAUGCAAUGGUUCAAAUUGAUGAUGUCGAAGUAGUGCAGGGUCUGGAUAUGGCUUUAAAGCUGAUGAACGUUGGUGAACAGGCAGAGGUCACGGUAGAUGCGAGGUUUGCUUACGGUGAACUCGGUUUUAAAAACGAAAACAACCCGGAACGUACUAUUCCACCGAAUGCUAAAAUUAUUUACAUUGUUGAGCUGGUUUCGACCAACGAGGAAGGUGACCAGCAAUCGAAUGCAGCCCGGAAAGAAACCGGCAAUCGGAAACGGCUGAGGGGUAACUUCUGGAUGAAAAGACAAGAGUACAAUAUGGCCAUUCAGAGCUAUCGAAGAGCUUUGGAAUAUUUGGAUGAAAGUGCAAGCGCAGCUGAUGGAGCGGGACCAGAGGUUUCAAACGCCGACCUUCAGGAACUACUUGAGGAUCGCAUGAAAGUGUACAAUAAUCUGGCACUGGCUCAACUUAAAAUAGCUGCUUAUGAUGCUGCAUUGAAAUCUGUGGACCACGUACUCCAGUGUCAACCGAAUAACGCAAAGGCAUUGUUCCGGAAAGGAAAGAUUCUGGAUGCCAAAGGCGACACCAAGGGUGCUAUCUCGUUCCUGCAAAAAGCUGCCACUAUCGACGAGGAUGACAAAUUGAUACAAUCGGAACUAUCCAAACUUAUUCUCAAAUCAAAACGAGAGGCGCGUAACGAGAAAGACCUGUACCAAAAAAUGUUGGGCCACGCGCAAAAGCUAGAACAGAAAUCGAAAAGUCCUCCCGCUUCACAGAAUCGAGAAACUUCCAAGCUUUCGUCUCUUUUUCAGUUCAAGCUGUGGGGCUAUCUGAUGGGAUCAAUUCUGAUCGGAGUGGCCGGCGUAGCCAUCUAUCGGUAUAACAAUCGGUACUUUUAAGACGCGAAUCGAGCAACGUUCACUUUCAUUUCUCUUUUCCAUUGGUGAGGUGACGCAUGUAGACUAAUAUAUAAGUAUACAUAAAUGAUAUGUGAAAAGUGAAAUUCUAUGUGCUGUGCUAAUACGAUUGUAGUCGAUGGGUUCGACAACACGGAAUAUUGUUUCCGACAUCGGAGUUGUGAGGCGAUUUCCGUUUUGUCCCAACUUCCUUGAUCGAGAAUUUUAAAAGGCACUUACGAAUAAUAUUUACGAAAAUAGACAAAUGCACCGAGUAGAUAUUUUCUUUCUGUAGGAUUCAAUAAACAAAAGAUUAUUUGUAAAAGACAACUAACUUUCGUACAUGGUGCGACCAUGUGUCAUGACUAAAGGGUGUUAUGCAUUUCAUUUCUGAAUCCUUCUUUCAUAGAACUGAAUCAGAUUUAUCCACCAUAUUACGGAGUAAGGCUUGAUGGGCUCACCCAUUAAGAUCGUAUCGUCUUCUUGAAAAUUGAAACAAUACUUUAUUUUCCACCUCUCAGUUUCGAUGUGUGUCAUUCCAUCGGAAGAUAUACGUUACCCAGUGAUGAGUUCUAGAAUUUAAGCAUAUCGAGCGUAAAUAAGAGGUACAGGUUUUUGAAGGUUAGCAGAAAUAAAUUAGACAAUAUCGGAUCGUACACUUUUUUUUCGUUGAAUUCUGUUCUUUUAUCAUCUGAAACUGUUAGAAUAUUUAAUAGUACGUGUCUUUCAUUUAAACUUCCUUUUUGUUUUUUUUAAGUAAACAGGAAAUAAUAAAAUUGAUUAUCUAAUAUCUGUAA